CACAAGUGUGAAGACCAGUGUUGCUUUUUCGCAGCCCGCUAAAAAGACAGGAAGUGUUCUCACCAUCUGUGUGUGUGUGUGUGUGUGUGUGUGUGUGUGUGUGUGUGUGUGUGUGUGUGUGUGUGUGUGUGUGUGUGUGUGUGUGUGUGUGUGCGUGUGUGUGUGUGUGUGUGUGUGUGUGUGUGUGUGUGUGUGUGUGUGUGAGUGGUAAAAGUCAAGCCUGAGCAAGGAGAAGCAGACAUGAGCGUGGAGGCAGGCGGACAGCAGAGCUACGUGUCCACCUUCAGGGUCCGCCUGAGGCCCCCCCACGCUGGGAAGGUACCUGGCGGUGCUGACGCUGCCACUUCACACUCAGGACUCACGCCCGCAGAGCCGCCCGUCUUCGCCGAGCCUCUGCAGGACUGCUGCGUGGACGAAGGCGAUGACAUCACCCUGCGCGGCGUUCUCACGGGGAGUCGACCCGUCAACGUGACGUGGUUACACAACGGUGAGGCAGCCCGUUUCGGGAUUCCAACCCAAAAUGGCGGCGGGGUGAGCUACGUCGUGCGGGAUUGCUUGCCGGAGGACGCCGGCGCCUACACCUGCUUGGCGGAAAACGCGGCGGGGAAGACUUCCGGUUGUGCCGCCGUCUUUGUCAGAGACUUUGAAACUAUUCACGGCGUGCAGACUUUGAAGGCAACAAGGAGCACGAUAGGAAACGGGAAGCCUCCUCAAGAACCGGAGAAUCCACGGGUGUCCACGUCCACGUCCCCUACCGGCGGUCUUCUGCAGAGUCCGGUCUCUUCCCUGCGAGAGGUUGUGCCGAAGAAGCGAGCCAACUCUGCAACAGGCCCGGUGUUGCGCUUCGAGAAGCCUCCGCAGCACGUGGAGGUGAAGGCGGGACGUCCUGCACGCGUCACAUGCCGCUUCACCUGCAGUCCACCUGUGGUGUCCUGUUGGAUCAGAAACAAAGAGCAGAUGGUAGAUAGUCCUGAAGUGUGGACGGAGAAUUUGGACGACAGCAGCACGCUGGUUCUCACCGCGGCUGGAGUCCAGCACACAGGCUCCUACACUGUGGUAGUGAAGGACCGCAAGAGCUCAGCCCAACAUACACUCACCCUCUCGGUCAUUGACAGGCCGCAGCCUCCGGCCUCCUGUCCGCUGGUGUCCCUGCUGUCGCCCGACAGCCUGGUGCUGUCCUGGUCGGGUCCCUCUUACGACGGAGGCAGCGCGGUCCUGGGCUACGUGGUGGAGGUCAACAGGGGACGGGACUGGACGGCGCUGACAGCCGGGUGUAAGAGCACCUCCUACAGGGUGUGUGCAGGCCUGCAGCCCGGGGACGAGUACCGCUUCAGGGUGAGGGCCUAUAACACGGUGGGGGUGAGCGAGCCAGGACCGCCGUCACCUGUGGUCACCCUGGACGACAAGAAGUCUGACUGCGCACCACCAGAGGAGGAGUUUUGCCAGGCCUCGCUAGUCACUAUGGAGCGUGCACACAAGGUGACGGAUCACUACCACGUGCUGGAGAAACUGGGAAUGGGGAAGUUUGGUCUGGUGUUCAAGCUGAGGCACAAAGAGAGCGGCCGCGUGUGCGCCGGAAAGUUCUACAAAGGCCGGCGCGCCAAGGAGAGGGAGGCCGCUGGCAAGGAGAUCGAGCUGAUGAACAAACUGCAUCAUCCCAAGCUGGUCCGCUGUCUCGCCGCCUACGACCACAAGCCUGAGAUAGUCAUGGUCAUGGAAUUCAUCGCGGGCGGUGAACUCUUCGAGCGCAUCGUGGACGACAGCUUCGAGCACACAGAGCCCGCCAGCGUGCGGUACAUGCUGCAGAUCCUGCAGGGCGUCUCCUUCAUGCACCAGCAGAGCAUCGUCCACCUGGACCUCAAACCUGAGAACAUCGUGUGCGUGGACACCACCGGCACCGCCAUCAAGAUUAUCGACUUUGGCCUGGCCAGCCAACUCGAUAACAAGACCCCCCUGAAGGUGAUGCAAGGGACACCGGAGUUUGUCGCCCCCGAGGUGAUCAACUACGAGCCUGUGUGCUUGGCGACUGACAUGUGGAGCAUCGGGGUCAUCUGCUACAUACUACUAAGCGGUGAGUCGCCCUUCCAAGGAAGCAGCGAUGCCGACACCCUGGCCUUGGUCACAGCAGCCCAGUGGGAGUUUGACGAAGAGAGCUUUGAGGAGAUCACGGACGAGGCCAAACAUUUUAUCAGCUCGCUGCUGGAGAAAGACCCCAGGCGACGGAUGUCAUGUGACAAAGCCCUGGCUCACCCGUGGAUGGCCGCCUUUGAGUCGGGAGAUCCCGCCUCCACGAAGAGUCUCCCCAAAGACAAGAUGAAGAAGUUUCUAGCCAGGCAGAAAUGGAAGAAAGCAGGGAAGGCCAUGCUGGCGUUGAAGAGAAUGGCCUUGCUGAGCAAAGGGGACAGCUCCUCUACACCCACCAGCCCAACUGAAGACUCUCCGCUGUCACCAGAGGCCGAACACGCCCUGAUCGCUUUGGAGCGCAAGAUGCAGGGACCACCCAACUUCACCGAGACCCUGCAGGACCAGGCGGUCUCUGUAGGAUCCAGUGCCCACCUCUCCUGUCACCUCACGGGCUACCCUGACCCAGAUGUGGUAUGGCUCUGCGGGGGGGAGCCUGUGGAAGAGUCGCCCUCCAUCCGCAUCGAGUACGAGGAAGACGGCCACUGCACGUUGAUCCUGGCCAAAGUCGGGCCGCGCGACACCAACAUUUACGCCUGCAAAGCUGCGAACGAGCACGGAGAGACGAUCUGCUCGGCGUCGCUCGUUGUCCAAAAUCCGCAUUAACCUUUUGAGGAUACGGUUCUGAUGCAAAUAAAAAGAUACUGCGUACACACAC